ACAUGUCGUCAUUGGAUGAAAUAUGUUAAAAAUGGAAUCAUUUCUUGAUCGACCCCAUAUAUCUGGAAGAUCUCUCCAAAUCACGGACCCGGCUAUGAUGUGUGGAAUCGCGUCCUGUCGACCCAAACGACUAAACUGUUGUUCAAAUCUCGCGGGAUUUACGUUCAUGUACGGGAUGACAGCACUUAUGACGUCGACCUGCAGUGCGUAUAUGUCGUCACAGUUGACAACCCUUGAGAAAUAUUUCGGGUUUUCCAGCUAUCAGAGUGGUGUUCUUCUGAGUUGUAACGACAUUGGGUUUCUUACUACAACGCUGAUAAUAAGUCAUUUCGCGAGAAAACUUCAUAUCCCUAGAACACUUGGCAUGUCAUCCAUGUUUUUCGGCAUAGCUGCGAUAAUUUGUUCGUUAGCUUAUUUCGGAUCGAUUUCAGAGGAAAAUCGUCCAAGUUUUUUGAUAAAAUCACAAAAAUCUGAAAUUCGCACCAUGAACAAAUCGUUGUCCAGCUUACCAUUGUUUUAUGGACAAUCGCAACAGCUAUGUGAGGCAAACAGAACAGGAAUAAACAAUUUAUCUGAUGCAUGUGCAGAGGAUUUUUUUCCAGAGAGUGGCAGAAUCGGCGCACCAAACAGGUUUACGAAGACUGCAUUUUCCAUCAUGGUCGUUGGUUUGAUUCUACAAGGCAUCGGUAAAUCACCCAGAUCGUCGCUGUCUGCCACCUUCAUAGACGAUAACGGCGUAAAAACCAAAACAGCUCAAUACGUAGGUAUUAUUUCCUGUUUGAGUAUAUUUGGGCCAGCUAUAGCCUUCGGUCUUGGCGGUCUCUUCACCAGGAUUUACGUCACAUUGGAAGAUGUGCCCAUAUCUCCCUAUCAUCCACGCUGGGUAGGCGCUUGGUGGCUCGGAUUCCUUCUGUUCGGAAGUCUGUCUAUCCUCGUGGGUCUUCCUCUGGUUUGUUUCCCGCGCAGACUCAGACCACGGAGUGUUUCGAAACCAAAGAAAAAGACGUUCAAAACCAAAGAUUUUGUGCGAGGUCUCUACCAACUUAUACGGAACCCUGUCUACAUGUUGCUCGUGCUCUGUGGAUGUAUAGACAUAUUUGCAGUUUCAGCCUUUGUAUCAUUUACACCGAAAUAUCUGGAAACUCAGUUUUCACUUCCGGUUUGGCUUGCCAAUAUAAUAAUGGGAUCACUUGGAAUUUUGGCCGGUGGGUUCGGCACUCUGAUUGGUGGAUUCAUGGUGUCAAAGUUCAAGUUUCCACCUUUGACCUGCCUAAAGUGUCUGAUGUUGACGAAGUUUGUUUUUGUGAUCACUAUUUUUACGUUCUAUUUUCUCGGCUGUUCCAAUCCACGGAUCGUAAACUACAAUGCCCGGAUGGAUACAAAUAACAGUUGUUCUACCCAGUGCCGCUGUGACGUCAUGGAUUAUUUUCCGCUGUGUGGGUCGGACGGUCAGAACUACUUUUCGCCUUGUCAAGCCGCAUGUACUGGUAGAGAAAAACUGAUUUACACAGGCUGCGCAUGCGUGGGAGGUAAUGCAACAGCCAAUCCUGGAUUAUGUCCUUCUGACUGCAACACUGGAAACAUGUACGGAUUUGUAACAAUGACUUUCAUUGGAUCAUUCGUUGGCUGCAUCGGUAUAAUGCCUGGGUUUAUAUUUUUGAUAAGAUGUGUUAGUGAUAAAAACAAGCCUCUGGCUCUAGGACUUGCAUCAUUCUUACAUUCUAUACUCGAAUCGUCGACUCAAGCUGCAGGGUUUGGAGUUCAAGCUGUAAGAACCAAGGGGCGUGUGCAAAAUAUGACAUAG